ACCUGCCAAUAUUAAGUUUUCUAUGAAAUUGUAUUUAUUUGAGAAAUGUAAUUUAUUAGCGCAUUUCUAACAUGCGCGACAUAAUAUUUAUUUAUAGCAAAUGUCGUUGCUCGAAGGUAUCAUCAUAAGUUAAGGUCAGUCGACAAAAUAAGUUCCUAAUUUGGUUUAUACUGUCCCAAUGUAAAUUCAAAAUUGCACCUUGUACUUUGUAUUGAAAUGAAAUUUUAUCCAUAAUAAUGAGAUACCAAAUCGCAGCAGUUUAGUAAUAGUCCGUCAUCGAUUGGAGAUAGUUGAAUUUGUGCUAAUGGUUUUCAACAUGGGACAGAAUUCGAGCUUGCCCAAGGGGAGAAGAAAAUCUCUGCGGUCAUUUACGAAGAAAUCGUCAAAAAGCAAUACGUUAAGUCACACGUUCACUAUCAACGAAAGCGAUGAUAAAAUAGAUAGAUUAAACAUAAAUAUAGCCAGUGAAGAAGAAUUGAUGACAUUAGACGGAGUUAACAGGGAAAUAGCAAGAAGUAUAGUGGAACACAGGAAAGCGAUUGGUAGGUUCCGUAAAGUAGAAGAUUUGGCUGUUGUUAGAGGCAUAGGGGCGGAUAAAUUACAAAAAUUGCGGCCAGAAAUUUGUGUAUCUUCGAGAAGGAGUCAAAGUUAUACCUCAUCAAGAGCACAGAGUUACGAUAGUCUUAGAAGCUCGGAAUCUAGAUUAACAUUGAAAUCUAACAAACUCGUAAAUAUAAACAAGGCCAGUGUUUUUGAACUUCAAACUGUUAAUGGAAUUACUCAAGAAGUGGCUGCGGCGAUUUUACAUUAUAGGACAAAGAAAGGAAAAUUUAAGCAGAUAGACGACUUGAUAAAAGUAAAAUGCAUAGACUGCGUUCGUUUGGCUACCAUCAGCCGUUAUUUGACCACGGACGAAGAAGAAGAGUCCUCCGAUAUCGACGAUAACAGGCCCAACAUUUUGACAAACGGUUACACCAUGCCCGCGCAGACCCUAAGAACCAACGGAGCUCAUCAGAAGCUGCCGAUUCGCAACGGUCUUAGCAAUUCGAACGCCAUAGACAUAUUUGAACUGCUCUCUACCUAUUCCCCUCGACCCAUCAUCAGAGAAAUCUUCAAUUACAGCAGAAACGACCAGCCCGCCAUUAGAAUUGCUUCGUGGAAUCUGCACGAAUUUUCCUACGAAAAGGCGGGGAAUUUGGGUGUUAAAGAAAUUGUUUGUAGAACUAUUUUGGAAAAUGGUUUUUCCAUAAUAGCUAUUCAAGACGUAUUGAAUGUAACGGCGCUCAGAAUAAUUUGCGAUGAAUUAAACAAUCCGAAAUUGCAAAGAGUAAAAGAAUGGAGCAAAAACAACCACUACAAUUGGAAUUUUUGCAUGUUGGAUGUACAUAAUUCGAAAUUAGGAUUUAUAUACGAUUCCGAUGGAGGUACAGCUGUUGAUCUUUUAUCGCUAAGUGAAGGUCCCACUGACACGAAAAAAGAAUGCGAGGCGUUAGUCGCCUCGUUUAGAGUAGGAAAUUCAAAUUUGCAGCUAGUUAAUUUAUCGCUGAAUAACAGUACAAAUGUCGAUGUUUUGAGCCAGAAAUUUAAAGAGCUUACGUCCGAAAGCGACCUGCUUAUGGUUUUUAUCGAUUACACCAAAGUGGAUGUACUAAUAGAUGAUCAUUUCAAUAUUGGCGACUUAAAGCCGAUUUUUUCGCAAAAUGCCCGCACAAACUUCAUCAAUCCGCCCUUACUCGGUUCAAAUUGCCAUACGACGAAUAUUUUGCACAACUCCAAGGCUCAGAAACAAUUAACUGGAUUUAAUGGCAUUGUUAAGCAGGGUCUGAUACACCUUGCUAUUCCGAACGGUUGGUCUUGGGGUGGACCGGCCAGUCCGUACUGUCCCAUUUACACCGAAUUAUUCACAAAUACCUCGGAUGACGUACCUGCUUUGUGAUAUUUAGUUUUACUUAGCUUAAUUUUUACGGUUUUUGAUUACAUAUCAGACGUAAUUUAGGAAAAUGGAUUCAAUCACAAACUAUAUCAUUCAUUCGAAAUGAAAUAAUUAGACGAAUUUAACUUGAUCAGAGUCUAACUUUGUAGUUAAGUAAAAUUUAAUUGGUUUGUGAAAUACGGUUAGGUUAUUCUAAAACCAUAAAUUUGUAAAUUGGUAAUUUUCUUGUACUUUGAUGUCUUUUGUGAAGUGAGAUUUCUGACACAUUAGUGUUUCUAAUAUUUACUCUUACAAAUCAAUAAUCAAUGGUGAACACUUUAUGCAAGUCAGUUUGUUUCCAGUGAAGAGCCAGAGGUUUAUUAGAACCAAAUGGUUUUGGUAGCAAAUCGUAGAAAUUUAUUCGAGUUUAUUUCAUUAUUCACAUAAAUUGCCGCCAUAACUUCAUCUAUUAUUCAUGCGUUUUUGUUUUUUAAAUCUUUUCAAGUUACUUUUUAACCUUGAAACAAUUUGUACGAUUAAAAUAAUAAUUUGAUAAUUUCAAUUGGACUAGGAAGGUGUUUUUUACACGCUUUUAAUCUUCUUAAAAACCUAUUAGGAAUUGUCCAAUGCGUCAGAUUGAACUAUUUCCGACAUCUAUAGUACAUCUGUACAGUUUAUCACACAGUACAAGUAACGUAAAACAGUUAUUGUUGUAAAAAUUUGCACAUAAAUUAAUGCUAUUCUAAUGGAGGUAAAACUUGAUAUCCUCGGACGUUUGACUUUUAGGAUUGGUAAAAUUCAUGAUAAAAAUUGAUUCUAUUGGAUUAUUUUUGGAUAAGAAAUCUGUUUGUGAUUUGUAAAACUUCUAAAAAGAUUAUAUAAAAGGCAAUUUUUAUAGAAAAAGGCGUUUUGUCAAGGGCCAAUUGCACUGCUCACCUAACGUUAUUAAGUGUUUUUCAAAAUAAUUUUAAUUAGGCAUUAAAUUGCAAGAAUCAGUGGUGAAAUGAGCCCUAAAGUGUACAUUACAUUACAAUUUUCUAUAAAUUUUGAAUUCACCUACUAAUAAAUGCAAAUUGUGUUAAACUAAAAGAAAACUUUUAACAUAAGGUACACUUAAAUGUUUUACCUAAUCCUAAUACGUAUGAAAUAAAAACUCUACUUGAUGAAUAUAGUACAAUUAAGUACAAAAUAAUUUAUUUUAUUGUAGAAGACUCCAUUGUUUUUUGACAUAUCUCGUUCAAUAAUUAGAUUUAUGGAAUUUGCAUCUAAAAAACUUCAUCUUCAUUGCUUCAUCACAAACUUUAUACAUACACUCAAAUUUGUUAGAUUUAUAUUAUGCUUCAAUUGUAAAAUAAAUCAUUUGUAUUGUCGUUGCAAUAGUAUAAAUUAAGUAAUUUUCAGUAUUUAAGUAAACACUUCAAGCGGUAAAUCACAUUUAAGAUAUUUUGCAUAUUUAAAUAUGUGCCAAACAUACGUACUAUUAUUACUAAGAAAUUUGAGGCUUCAUCACAAUCACAUUUUUUGAAAAUAUUGAAAUGUUAGGCCUACUAAAACGUAUAAAAUAUAUUUAAAUAUAGGCAAAUAUAUCGAACAAACUAUUUAUGAAGUUUUCUACAAGUUUAAGAACUUUACGGAGGCUUCUAGGCUGUGUGAAAAAUAUAGACUAUUUUUUCAAUUCAGAACUUUGUAAUACUCUUCAUAUCUUGUAUUAAUUUAAUUGAUUCAUUUACUUAUACAUAUUUUGUCUAAAGUGAAAAUACUUAUUUAUUUAUAAUAAAUGUUUUAUCUGUU